AUAUAUGCUUGUAGCACAAUGACUUAUGUAGGAUUUCAAGCAGUGAUACAAGAAGAGUCAAAAAAGUUUCAUGAGUUACCUGGGGUAGUUUUCGUACUGCCGGAUUCAUACAUUAACCCGCAGAACAAGGAGUAUAGAGGGGAUAAAUACAUUAAUGGAACAAUCAUACCAAGACCGCCUCCUGUUCAGUAUGGCAGGCAGACAGGAAGAUACCCUGAUUGCAACAGGUACCCGGACCAACCAAGAUAUGAUCGGCAAGGAGGACCAAUGCCAAACUAGCAAGGGAAUCUGCCAUAUGGUAAUCAGGGGCCGAUGCAAGGAGGUGGAAGGAACUAUGGGAAUCAAUAGAAUUAUCCGCCUCAACAAAAUUAUGGUCCGCCAGCACAAGGAGAAAGAAGAGAUCCAAUGCCUAUGAAUGCUCCACAGGGACGAGAUUCUUACCAGCCAGGUAGAGGAGGUCCCAUGCCUUCAUAUCAGGGCAAUUACAACCAAGGGGGCCCAGGAAAUUAUCAGAACUUCCCACAAGGAGAUCAGAGAAACUAUGCACCUCCUCUCGGGCAAGGCGGUUAUAGAGGAGAUAAUAGAAAUUAUUGUUCACCACAAGGUGCUAAUUAUGGGCAACCAGUAGGUGGAUAUCAAGGCCAGGGAUCACCUGAAGCUUAUCGACAAGGAGCAAAUUCUGAAAAUUUUGGGCAAGGAACAUCUUCUGGUCAUGGUCAAAAUUAUCCGAAUGGUCAGAAGUUCUCGGAAUGAGAGCUGCAGAGGAAAUAUGCUCCUAUGAAACAAACAUGAUUUGUCUAGGGAGGAUAUGCAUAACCUGGCAAAUGCAUCUUUGACUUUGAGACAGUGAUGAGAAGGGAUUUGCAAUGGAGUUUCGGGCCAAAUCUGUUUGCAAACCUUUUGAAUUGUAACAAGUAAAUAGUCUGAUUUUAAAUUUUUGUGUCUGCAAACUCUGUUAGGCCACUUAAGUUGGAACACGGGGGUCUUUCUAUUUUGAAAGCUUGGGUUUUAAUACGUUGGCCAUGUGAACUUGAUUUACCAGUUAUAAUUUCGUUAGUUAAAUUAAUUGUCUA